AUGGUAAGGGCAUUUACAGCCCUACAAACAAAUGCUUUAGGUGUUAACACAGACGACGUACAGGAUAGACCUUAUGUUGCAAACAGUAAACUUUUCCCAAGGACCUCACGCAGACGCGAACCAACUGGCACUAGCAGUUUCUCAAAAUUUGAACAAUCAAAGAAGUGCAAUGUACAAAAAACAAAAAAUUUUGAUAAGAGACCAAAACCUAAAGGACAAUAUCAUGGCGGUUCAAAGGAGGAUACCAAGGUAGUGCAACUAGGAUUAGCUGAGCCUGGCUCAGUAGUGGUCCAAGGAAGUAAGAAGCAGAACUUGAAUCAUCUGCUGAAUUUUCAUUAUGAGCCACGUGAAAUGCAAGGUGGUUCAGGUACAUGGAGUCAUGGAAGAUCAAUAAAAGGUUUCUCUCGUAACAGUAAUAGGUGGCUUCCACCAGUACAGCGACAUAAGUACAAUAAGGAACAAUUUUUGCAAGCCAGCUGCCAGUUUGUUGUAACUGCCAAUGGAAAUUAUACAUUAUAUUUAAGUGAUCCUGAUGUACUAGUUGAUUGGAAACUGGUAGAACAAAUUAUACUCUAUAGCCCUGAAAACUUAUCAUGUCCCAUAUGUUUAUGUUCACCAGUUGCUGGAAAAAUGACACGUUGUGGUCAUGUUUAUUGUUGGCCUUGUAUUCUUCAUUAUUUGUCACUUUCUGAUAAAUCCUGGCGUAAAUGUCCUAUUUGUUAUGAAUCCAUUCAGAAAUCUGAUUUAAAAAGUGUUACCGAAGUCACACAAAGUACAUUAAAUUUGGGAGAUACUAUCACUUUGCGUUUGAUGCGCCGUGAAAAAGGAUCGCUGCUUACAGUGCCUGUUGGAUCUACAAUUCAAAAUCCAACAAAUUUUUUCCAAGUUUCAGAGACUGUUAGUAAUCAAGUGUAUUCAAAGCUUCUUAUUGCGAACACAAAAGAUGUCAUGAAUAUUAUUGAACGCGAACGUGUUCAGUUGAAACUCGAAUUGUCGGAUAAUCCUGAUUCUCCGGAGAAUUGUUAUAUUGAACAGGCGCUUGAUGAACUUUCAAAAAGGGAAGAGUUGUUGCAAAUGGUAACAUUAAUUAAAGUCAAAUCAGACUCAGAAGUCGUUCCUGAAAACGGAACUGUAAUAUCGCAAACAGAAGGUAAUAAUAUUGAGAAACAACUAACUCAACCGGAGUCCCACGAUUGUAAAGAAAUAUGUACUUUGUCAAAGGAUAUAAAAAAUGUGGACGAAGAAUCACCAAAAUCUGUAGAAAAUUCACCUAAUGGUGCUCAAUCAACCUUAGGAAUGCAGAAAUUCUUUUAUUUCUAUCAAGCUGAAGAUGGUCAACAUUUAUAUCUUCACGCAAUGAAUGUCAAGAUGUUAGAGAUGCAAUAUGGAAAUCUUGAAAAUUCUCCACAUGUUAUAACGGGAAAACUCUUAGAAAGAGAAGGAGGAAGUCUUACGGAAGAUUUAAGACGUAGAUUGAGAUAUUUAUGUCACUUGCCACUGACUUGCCAAUUUGAAGUAGCUGAAAUUGAACUAAAACCACCAAUUGUAUCGAAAGAAGUUUUAUUUUCGUUCCAAGAUCAGUUGACAUUAAGACACAAACGUAGGCAACAACAAGAACGUGAAGAAAGAAAAAGGGAAAGAAAAAUCAUUGAAGAGGAAAAUAAGCGAAUGGGAAAGUAUCCGACGCCUAUAGUACACAUUGAUUCUCGGCGACAUUUUCCACAAUGGCAGCCGGAACUGCUAUUUUCAGAGGAAGGUGCUCCAUCACCGGCAGAACUGACAGCAACUUCAAGUGUAGCUAGUAGUCCACCCUUAAGCACAUUUGACGAAAUGGUUGCAUCCAGAAAAACUGAUAAUGUCGCUCAUGAACAAGGAUUAUCAUUCGCAGAAAUGUUACGAAAUACUGGCACACCUUCAAAGUCGCAAACUGUAUGGCCAUCGAUUAAUUCUACUCGUGGGAAAUCGUGUUCUAAUACAACUAUUCAGUCAUCCUUGGGAGAUGCCGAGGAACAGGAUUAUGCAUCAGUACCAUCACACAGUCAAAGUUUUGGUGAUGCAUUAGCUGCUGCUUUAGAGCAAACAAAGUUAGAUACAAAGAAGAAUGAAAGCAGAAAAAAGAAGAAGAAAGGAAAAUCAACUGUAUUGUUUGCAACUACUAUGGCACGUACAUCUUAA